AUGGGUAAAGCGAUCCCCCGCAAAAGCAACAUCAUGUCUCAAUCCACAUUCACAUCCGUCGUCCUGGCUCAGCGCCCAAAGGCUCUCAUCGUCCCCGGCGAGACCUUCUCUCUCAAGGAGAACCCUAUGAUCAGCGAGUCGGAUCUCAAAGAUGGACAGCUUCUCGUCGAAACACUAUACCUGUCCCUCGAUCCUGCAAUGCGAGGCUGGUUGAACGAUGCUCGUUCAUAUGUCCCUCCAGUUCAGAUCGGCGAAGUGAUGCGCGGAGCCGUCAUUGGAAAGGUUCUCGCCAGCAAAUCUUCCAAGUUCUCGCCUGGCAAUUAUGUUACCGCUUCCCCAGGGUGGAGGGAGGUUGCAAUCGUGGCAGAGAAGGACGCCUCGCUCCUCGAAGUCCCAGAAAACGGCAAAGUGACCGACGCCCUAGGUGUCCUCGGCUUAACUGGUCUCACAGCCUAUUUCGGCAUCACAGAUAUCGGUCAAGUCAAGGCCGGUGACUUUGUUGUCGUUUCUGGUGCUGCUGGAGCGACGGGCAGCGUAGCAUGUCAAAUUGCGAAGUUGAAGGGAGCGAAGGUUCUGGGUUUGGCAGGUAGCGACGAUAAGGUCCAAUGGUUGAAGGACCUUGGUUGCGAUGACGCGUUGAACUACAAGAAUACGGAUUUUGCGACUCAGUUCAAAGAGAAGACGAAAGAUCUGAUUGAUGUUUUCUUCGACAACGUUGGAGGCGAGAUCUUGGAGUUAGCCUUGAGCAGGGCGAAGGCUCAUUCGAGAUUUGUGAUGUGCGGUGCCAUCAGCCAGUAUAAUUCAGCAAAGCCAGUUGGGCCAAAGAACAUCUCUAUGGUCAUCGCUAUGCGAAUCAAGUUGCAAGGAUUCAUCGUCUUUGACUAUCAAUCACAAUACAAGGCCGCGAGAACAGAGCUCACUCAAUGGUUGUCUGAGGGAAAGAUUCAACGAAAGGAGACGAUCAUCAAGGGUGGCUUGAAGGCUGCUGAGCAAGGUCUAUUGGAUCUUUACAACGGUAUCAAUACUGGCAAGCUUUUGGUCGAGGUCAAGGCCGAUGAUUCUGAGAGCGGUGUUGGCUCAAGGUUGUAG